AUGUGUGCUCAAAAGACUGUCAGUGUGGCUGUUAUCGGUGCUGGUGUUGUGGGUGGUGCUUUUUUGGAUCAAAUUAUUGCUAUGAAGAGCGAGAUUCAGUAUAAUGUAGUCCUUAUCGCUGAAGCUGCUGGUUGUUUAAUCUCUCGUGACUACACUGGUAUCCAAUUCAAUGACUGGAGGAAACAAUUGGCCGAACCAAACGAAAAACAAUUGUCUAUCCCCGAAAUCAUCGACUUCUUAAAGGGUUCUCCAUAUCCACCUAUUUUAGUUGAUAACACCUCGAGCGCUUAUAUUGCUGGUUUCUAUCCAGAGAUUAUUCAAUCCGGUAUCUCUAUUGCUACUCCAAAUAAAAAAGCUUUCUCUUCUGAUAUCGCCAUUUGGAAUCAACUAUUCGCAGGUAAUCCAACAGACGGUUUGGUUUACCAUGAAGCCACCGUCGGUGCAGGUUUGCCAAUCAUUUCUUUUCUAAGAGAAAUUAUUCAAACUGGUGAUGAAAUUGAAAAGAUUGAAGGUAUUUUCUCCGGAACACUAUCCUAUAUCUUUAACGAGUUCUCCACAGCAAAACCAAACGACAUCAAAUUCUCAGAAGUUGUUAAAACAGCUAAACAAUUGGGUUACACUGAACCAGAUCCAAGAGAUGAUUUGAAUGGUUUGGAUGUGGCAAGAAAAGUCACUAUUGUGGCUCGUAUCUCCGGUCUUCCUGUGGAAAACCCACAAGCUUUCCCUGUUCAAUCUUUAAUUCCAAAACCAUUGGAAUCUGUCGAAAGUGUGGAUGAGUUUUUGACUAAAUUACCAGAAUACGAUAAUGAAUUGUCCCAAUUGAAGGAAGAAGCCGCUAAGGAAAGUAAAGUUCUUAGAUUCAUCGGUAAGGUUGAUCUAAAGACUAAAGAAGCUUCUGUCGGUAUCGCUAAAUAUGAUUACUCUCAUCCUUUCGCCUCUUUAAGCGGUUCUGAUAAUGUCAUUUCUAUUAAGACUAAACGUUACACCAAUCCAGUCGUUAUUCAAGGUGCUGGUGCUGGUGCAGCCGUUACUGCUGCUGGUGUCUUAGGUGAUGUUAUCAAGGCUGCACAAAGAUUAUAA